GCCGUGAGUUACUUUGAAGUGACAGUAUGACUCACCUUCACUGACGACCAAAAGCCGGGAUCUCAAGAGCUGGAGUAUUUCCCCUCUGUGACCAAAACGUGUUCUGUGUUCUCAGGAAACAGCAACAAAACGUCUAAAUGAUGGCAGAUCAUGGAGAACUGUGCAAUGGGCAGGAGGCCACCUAUUGUAUGAAUGGAGGGACAUGCUACAGAAUACCCUCUAUGGAUUCACUCUCCUGUGUGUGCCAAGACGAUUUCAAAGGCAGCAGGUGUGAGCAGUUUCAGCUCCCGAGCAAGUUCACCAAGGCAGGGGAGGCAGGGUUAAUUGCAGCCGUGGUCAUUACUAGCCUCCUCAUCCUAUUGGUGCUCGUAUUUGUUAUCUUCUACGUACGCAGGAUGUUGAAAGCCAAGAAACAGAGCCAAAAGAACAAGCAGCAACAGUAUUGGAGAGUAAAACCAAGAGUUUAACCUGUAUUUUGAUAAAACAUGAUGUCCUAUCUUGUUGUUGUGUUGAAUGGGAUGAUGAAUUAUUUUAUCAUACGACUAUGAGAGAUGGAGGAAAAGUGCUGCGCCGAAUGUAACUAAAGUCAAGGCGAGUGAUGAGCUGAUUAAUGGUGUCAUCAGUUUUCUGGAUCCAGUUUGUUAAAGAAAUGUGUUAUUCAUUAAACCACACACACAAACACAAACACAGGGUGUGAAAGUGACUGAUGAAUCAUACCUUGGAUAGUAACACAACUAAGGAAGUUGGCACUGGUGUUUCUCAUGUUGAAUCACAUUCAUUUCAAUCUAUGUGCUCAGAGCACAGCUGUCUUUGAAAAACUAGUUUGUAAAAUAUGAAUCCACAUUUUGAAGUUACUUGAUAAGUAAUUAUGAAACAUAACUUGUAUUAAUUAAGAAAUAUGCACAAUAUGUUUAUUACAAUAAAUAUUUUGUAAUUGUGUAAAUAUAUGCAAUGAUCCCUACUGAA